AUGAUGACUGGCCGUGUGCUGCUGGUGUGCGCCCUCUGCGUGCUGUGGUGCGGUGCCGGCGGUAGAUGUGACGAGGUGGCGGAUUCUGGGGUUGCUGCUGGAAAAGGGAAUGGUGGUAGCAGUGCGGUGGAGCCUGCUGGAAAUUCAGAGCCAGUUCCAGACGCCUCAGAUUUAAGAAUAGAUGUGCUCAAUGUUAAUCAGGCAACAGGAACAUCUACAGGAAAAUCUUUGGAAGGAAAAAAAGUUAACACCGAUCAACAGGAUGUUCUUUCCAGAGGGGAUAAAAAAGAUGGGGGCCCUUCAGAGAAUUUGGAAGAACCCGUGGAAGAUGCUCCAGGAAAUGAAAAAACAAACCUGAAAUUAAAAAAAGAAGAACAAGAAGGAAUACAGCCGCUACAAUCGCAAGCAAAUGUGUCACCGCAUCCACAGCCAAUACCGCAACAGUCACAAUCGCAACGGCAGCCGCAGCCACAACGAGAAAGAGAAGACGAAGAAACAAAACGGCAGUUGCAACCGCCAUCAGCGCCUCAGCCACACAUUUCUGCUUCAGAAAAGGGUGAAGGUGUUGGCGAGAACAAUACGGGUGGAGAAGGUCAGUCCCCACUGGGAGUACAAGAUAUUGGAAACGAGGAUUCAGAGGCCCCCAGAAAAGGAGACUUAUUAGAGGGUCCAGGUACAAAAUCAGAAAGCAGUGAACAGGUUCAAACGACAGUGCCAAACACAGUAACGCCGGAGCACAAAACCCAAAAUGAAAUGUUAACUCCGGAACAAAAGACGAAUGAAAGCCAAAGCACGGAUACAUCCACGAACAUACCCGAACUACAAAAGGAAAAUAAGGAAUAUCCUGCCUCUACAGAAGUACGGCGCAGAGUACAUCAACUGGCAGUCAAGAACAAGAAGC